CGGGAGGAAGGCAGCCGCGGCGGCGACGGCGGCGGCGGCGGCGGCGGCUGUGGGGAAAGGCGGGGGAGCCGUGGGGGCCGUGCCCGUGUUUACACAGCGGCGGGCGGGCGCGGACGCGGAACCUGGCGCGGCGACGGCAGGAUGGUCAUGGCGCAUUUCGUCGAAAAUUUUUGGGGGGAAAAAAAUAGUGGCUUUGAUGUCCUUUACCAUAACAUGAAACAUGGACAGAUAUCAACAAAAGAACUAGCAGAUUUUGUGAGAGAAAGAGCUACAAUAGAAGAAGCAUACUCCAGGUCAAUGACGAAACUAGCAAAAUCUGCAAGCAAUUAUUCACAACUUGGAACAUUUGCACCAGUGUGGGAUGUGUUCAAAACAUCUACAGAGAAAUUAGCAAACUGUCACUUGGAUCUUGUUAGGAAAUUACAAGAACUAAUAAAGGAAGUUCAGAAGUAUGGAGAAGAACAAGUAAAAUCUCAUAAAAAGACUAAAGAAGAAGUUGCAGGAACUUUGGAAGCUGUUCAAACCAUUCAAAGCAUAACUCAGGCCCUCCAGAAAUCCAAGGAAAAUUACAAUGCCAAGUGUGUAGAACAGGAACGUUUGAAAAAGGAAGGAGCUACACAAAGAGAAAUAGAAAAGGCAGCUGUUAAAUCUAAGAAAGCUACAGAUACCUAUAAACUUUAUGUGGAGAAGUAUGCAUUAGCAAAAGCUGAUUUUGAACAGAAAAUGACAGAAACAGCUCAGGUCCAUGAAGAAUUUAUAAAUAACAUGGCUAACACUACAGUUGAAAGCUUGAUUCAAAAGUUUGCUGAGUCAAAAGGCACUGGGAAGGAAAGACCUGGCCUUAUUGAAUUUGAAGAAUGUGACCCUGCUAGUGCAGUUGAAGGUAUAAAACCAAGGAAAAGAAAGACUUUUGGUUUACCAGGGAUAAUUAAAAAGGAAAAGGAUGCAGAGUCUGUGGAAUGCCCUGAUGCAGAUUCACUUAACAUUCCUGAUGUAGAUGAAGAAGGCUAUAGUAUAAAACCAGAAGCAAAUCAGAAUGAUACCAAAGAGAACCAUUUCUACUCAUCUAGUGAUUCUGAUUCUGAAGAUGAAGAACCAAAGAAGUAUCGGAUACAGAUCAAACCCAUGCAUCCAAAUAACUCGCAUCACACAAUGGCUUCCUUGGAUGAAUUAAAAGUGUCCAUAGGAAAUAUCACGCUCUCCCCAGCAAUAUCCAGACAUAGCCCAGUGCAGAUGAAUCGGAAUUCUUCUAGUGAAGAGUUAACAAAAUCAAAGCCAUGUGCUGCUUCCAAUGAGAAAGGGACCAGCGAUUUACUUGCUUGGGAUCCCCUGUUUGGACCAUCUCUUGAUUCAUCUUCUUCAGCUUCAUUAACUUCGUCGUCGUCAUCAGCCAGGCCCACAACUCCUCUUUCUGUAGGCACCAUUGUCCCACCUCCAAGGCCUGCUUCCAGACCAAAGCUUACUUCAGGCAAACUCAGUGGGAUUAAUGAAAUACCCAGGCCAUUCAGCCCACCUAUAACUUCCAAUACCAGCCCACCUCCUGCAGCUCCUUUAGCCCGGGCAGAAAGUUCUUCCUCUAUCUCAUCUUCAGCUUCAUUAAGUGCUGCCAACACUCCAACAGUAGGUGUGUCACGAGGUCCCAGCCCUGUCAGCCUUGGAAAUCAAGACACCUUACCUGUGGCAGUUGCCCUCACAGAAUCUGUUAAUGCCUAUUUUAAAGGAGCAGAUCCCACCAAGUGUAUUGUGAAGAUCACUGGUGACAUGACAAUAUCAUUCCCAAGUGGAAUUAUUAAAGUCUUCACUAGCAAUCCAUCUCCAGCUGUGCUGUGCUUCAGGGUGAAAAAUAUCAGCAGGCUAGAGCAAAUUCUUCCAAAUGCACAACUUGUGUUCAGUGAUCCAUCACAGUGUGAUUCUAACACAAAAGAUUUUUGGAUGAACAUGCAAGCUGUUACUGUCUACCUCAAGAAGCUAUCAGAGCAAAAUCCAGCUGCUUCUUACUAUAAUGUAGAUGUAUUAAAGUAUCAGGUAUCAUCAAAUGGUAUUCAGUCUACUCCUCUAAAUCUUGCAACCUACUGGAAAUGCAGUGCUGGCACCACAGAUCUUAGAGUGGAUUAUAAGUACAACCCAGAAGCUAUGGUGGCACCAAGUGUGCUUUCCAACAUACAGGUGGUGGUACCUGUGGAUGGAGGAGUCACAAACAUGCAGUCCCUUCCCCCUGCGAUAUGGAAUGCAGAACAGAUGAAAGCCUUUUGGAAACUGUCUGGUAUUUCAGAGAAAUCAGAAAAUGGAGGUUCUGGGUCCCUCAGAGCAAAAUUUGAUCUUUCAGAAGGACCUAGUAAACCCACUACACUUGCAGUGCAAUUCCUCUGCGAGGGAAAUACCCUCUCAGGAGUAGAUAUUGAACUUGUAGGCACUGGCUAUAGGCUUUCCUUAGUAAAGAAGCGGUUUGCCACUGGACGAUACCUGGCAGAUUGUUGAUGGACCUGGGACCCUGGUUGGCUCGAGAGAAGUACAGGCUUGCCAUCCUGUGUUGUCUAUUCUUUCCAACACUAUGAGCUUGAAUUAGGUCUUUGAACGUACACAUAUUUGAGAACUGAUUACAAACAUUAAGUUGCACUUUUGAAGUGGGUCAUCAAAAGCAAUAGCACUGAAAUGAUUUUCAACACUGUUAAUGAUCAACUGCCAUAUUCCAGAAGCACAUUUGUUGAGAUUCUCAGUAAAAUGAAGUUUUCCUAGGCUGAAAUUUUACAUUAUCUUCAGUGUCUAUGUUCAGUAGUAGUGUAUUAUCAGGCCUAAAAUUUCAGGAGAGCAAGCACAAAAUAAUUCAGCUUUCCAUAAAUUUUUAGAGUCAGAGAUAGCUUUGAAAUUUCCUGAGUUUGAUAUUGAAUGGAGUCACACAGAACGUGACUUGUAAGUUUUGGAUAAUGUUAAUUUAGAAUGCUCAAAUUGAGUUAUGUGCCAUAAAGUAAUCAGACCAGAGUCCAAGGCGUAUGCAAAAAAUGUAUAAUUUGAUUCUCAUAUAAACAUUAAUAAAGUGUAAAUGGUGUUUUGUAUGAUUUUUUUAAUUCUCAAGUGCAAUGUUUUUAAAAUAAGCUUGCAAAAGACAGCAGAGAAAUUUACUUCUGCAGUUAGUUAACUUUAUAGAAUUUGUGAUUGUUUUUAAGAAUUAAUGCUGUAGAUUUAAUUUAUUUUUAUAUGGAUUACAUAAUGUGUGCCUUUUAAAACAAUAACAAAAGCCAGAAAUGUGCCUAUCCAGUUUGUGUUCAUUAACGUGCCUCACUUUUUUUCCCCUGGCAGUCUGGAUCUUCUCUUCUGUCUUAGGGUGGUCAAGCAUUUUUACAACAUAAUUGCCAUUUGUGUAAAUACCUUUGGCCUUAGUUGGGAAGGAAAUUCAGAGUAACUAAAGGAUAAUUUGUACUUUAACACUGUGGCUCACUUUUUCAGUGAUAUACUAUAGCCACUCGAAAGAGAAAUAUCCCCAAGGGCAUAUGUUUGCAGGGGGAAAACGUUACCUUCAGUUAUUCCACCUGAGUAUGUAAAUCAUAAAGGAGAUAUUGAAAAACUGAUUAAUGAUUAAUUGGUAACUGCUGUUUUAUUUCUCAGCUUGGAACUUCCCUUCAUUCUUUUUAUCAUUGGAAAUUUAUAUAUGUUACUGAACGUGUUGUGAGCAUGAAUUUCUUAUUUUGUGAGGAACACAUUUAAGAAACUUUAGUUUUGACAUUGGAGAAGUACUGCCUUUUUUUCAUUUCAACAGUUGGGAAAAUUACCCAUUUGUAUGUUUUUAUUAUAUAACUGCCACCUGCUAGAAAUGUGGAGAUUAUUUGAAGUGAUGGAUUGGGUUAAGCAUUUCUUUAUUAAUUACUUAUUAAGUAGUAAAAAACCUAACUUUAUAGCAAAUCCUGAUUAAUUGAAGGACUUAAAAUAUUUUGGACAGUUUCAUGAUUUACAAAUGAAAGUUUUAUUUAUAAGGAUAAAUGCCAGUGUCCUGCAUUUUACGUAGAAGUGAUAAAUUGUGUUACAUAUGAUAAUUUAUAUAAAACCACUAAUUAUUCUGUUAAGCUUUACGGAACAUAAAACCCCUACUACUAGACACUUAUGUAAUGUCUUGCUCUACUAAAUACAGCAGAAAAUCUACUUACUAGCAAUACAUGUAACACAAUAUGUGCUUUUUACAUAUAUUCAGUGUUAGCCCAAUUCUAAAUUUAGAUUUGACUAAAGCAGCACAUUAAGACAAUUUGCUGAAAUGUUCAUCUUUACUACACAGUGAGUGAAAUGAGAAUUGCUAACUCUUAUAUUGUGUUCUUUUAAAUGCCAAUUACAGCCCCUUACUGAAAUCUUAAAUGUAACUGCUUUGUAAUCGGGCUCUUCUAAUGGGCAGUUAAUACGUUAUUAUUGGACUUCAGACACCAUUACACUCACCAUGUUUGUUUUUAAAUCAAGUAUUACCUGACAAUUACAAAUUAGUGAAAUGGUUAAACUUCUGCACUUUCUUAAUUACCACAGUCUUCAUACCAAGUGUUGAUACCUACAUUUGUAUUAGGCACAGGUUACAAUUUUGAAGCCAUAUGAGUUUAUAUUGAUUUUUGUUUUUCAUUUAAAUCCACUAAUGGUGUAAAAAAGACCAGUAGAUUUUCAAUGGGAAAUGUAUUUAGCAAGCUGGUUCUUGCUUAUGUAUAGUGAUAAACUUUGUAGCUGCCUCUUUAACCAAGAAUUUGUAAACACAGAACUCUAACAAAUGUGAGUUUUUAAGAAAUGUUAUUUACUACUUUGAGUUGUAAUUAGAACAAUGCAAAUCUAUCUUACACAAUUUUGUAAAUAUUUUUGAUUUUUUCAUAAAAUGUAAAUUUUACAUAAAAGUGGUACCCUUAAUAAACAUGUAAUAUAUAAUUUA